GAAUAUUAAUUUAGUUGUCACCUGUUGAUAUUUACUCACGUGUCGACCCACGUGUAAUUAAUAAAAGUCAAAAACCGGAGCAGACUCGUUAUAAAUUUCUACCUGCACCAAACAACCAGAUAUUUGCUGUCAUUAAACAAGACAUUUCGCCAUGAAGCUCCUGCUGAUAAUUUUGUCGUCUGUUGUUGUUGCUACUCAGGCAAUUACCUGUGCUCAGUACAGACUCGUGACGUUUUCAAGGGAUUUUCCAGCAUGUGAAGAGGAUGGAUCGUACUCCCGGCUGCAGUGUAAAGGCCCAAUUUGCUUCUGUUUUACAUCUGCUGGACAUUUCGUGGAGGACCUUUUCGUCAACAAGACUGAUUCGGUAGGCAUGGAUUGCAAUUGUGCUGCUGAAAAAGCAGAAAGCAAAUUGAGAGGAGAAAAUUCCAAACUUUAUCGGUGUCUUCCAAACGGCAAUUAUGACAAAGUUCAAUGUCAGGCUGACUCUUGUUACUGCGUAAACAGUAAGGGAAUUCAGGAAGGAGAUUCAGUGCCUGUUGCAAGCAUGCAUACACUUCCAUGUUAUGAGAACAGAUCAUAGCUGUCUCAAUGGAGAGUGAAAGUUUCACAAGUCAGAAGAUAUUCAAUGAAAUAAAGACAUAGAUCCAUUU